CUUGGGUUAGUUCCUGUUAGGCCCCGGCCGGGGGAGUAGGUUGAAGUCUCCUAAGAUGCCCGGUGGGCUGGAGCACUGAGAGCUGUGAAGAAGGCGUGAGGAGGCGGCGAGGGGUGACCCGCGGCAGGCCCGAACAGGAGCGGCCGCCGAGCCCGCCUUCCCUGCACCAUGCUCAUAGAGGAUGUGGAUGCCCUCAAGUCCUGGCUGGCCAAGUUAUUGGAGCCGAUAUGUGAUGCUGACCCGUCAGCCUUAGCCAACUAUGUUGUAGCACUGGUCAAGAAGGACAAACCUGAGAAAGAAUUGAAAGCCUUUUGUGCCGAUCAACUUGACGUAUUUUUACAAAAAGAGACUUCAGGUUUUGUGGAUAAACUAUUUGAAAGUCUCUAUACUAAGAACUACCUUCCACCUUUGGAACCAGUUAAGCCUGAGCCAAAACCACCAGUCCAAGAAAAAGAAGAAGUUAAAGAAGAGGUAUUUCAGGAGCCAGCAGAGGAAGAACGAGAUGGCAGAAAAAAGAAAUACCCUAGUCCCCAGAAGACUCGUUCAGAAUCUAGUGAACGAAGGACACGUGAGAAAAAAAGAGACGAUGGCAAGUGGAGAGACUAUGACCGGUACUAUGAGCGGACUGAAUUGUACCGUGAGAAGUAUGACUGGAGAAGAGGCAGGAGUAAGAGCCGGAGUAAGAGCCGAGGCCUGAGUCGAAGUCGGAGUCGAAGCCGGGGGCGCAGCAAAGACCGGGAUCCCAAUAGGAAUGUUGCAGAACAUAGGGAAAGAUCAAAGUUUAAGAGUGAGAGGAAUGACUUGGAGAGUUCCUAUGUGUCUGUGUCUGCACCAACUCCGAACUCUUCUGAGCAGUAUUCCUCUGGGGCACAGUCUAUUCCCAGCACUGUUACUGUGAUCGCACCUGCGCACCACUCUGAAAACACAACGGAGAGUUGGUCUAAUUACUAUAAUAAUCAUAGCUCUUCCAAUUCUUUUGGUCGAAACCCUCCACCAAAGAGGCGAUGCAGAGAUUAUGACGAAAGAGGAUUUUGUGUACUUGGUGACCUUUGUCAGUUUGAUCAUGGAAAUGAUCCCCUGGUUGUUGAUGAAGUUGCUCUGCCAAGCAUGAUUCCUUUCCCUCCGCCUCCUCCUGGGCUUCCUCCUCCACCACCUCCUGGAAUGUUAAUGCCUCCGAUGCCAGGCCCAGGCCCAGGUCCAGGUCCUGGACCAGGUCCAGGCCCAGGCCCAGGUCCUGGCCACAGUAUGAGACUUCCUGUUCCUCAAGGACAUGGCCAGCCUCCGCCUUCUGUUGUGCUUCCCAUACCAAGACCACCUAUAACACAGUCAAGCUUGAUAAACAACCGUGACCAGCCUGGGACAAGUGCAGUGCCCAAUCUUGCACCAGUGGGAGCAAGACUACCUCCUCCUUUACCCCAGAACCUCCUUUAUACAGUGUCAGAACGACAGCCCAUGUACUCUCGUGAACAUGGUGCUGCUGCAUCUGAGCGACUUCAGUUGGGGACACCGCCUCCUCUGUUGGCAGCUCGUUUGGUGCCACCUCGAAACCUCAUGGGAUCCUCCAUUGGGUACCAUACCUCAGUCUCCAGCCCCACCCCUCUGGUCCCAGAUACCUAUGAACCAGAUGGUUAUAAUCCAGAAGCUCCUAGUAUUACCAGUUCUGGUAGAUCUCAGUAUAGGCAGUUUUUUUCAAGAACACAGACACAGCGCCCAAACCUGAUUGGCCUAACCUCUGGAGAUAUGGAUGCAAAUCCAAGAGCUGCUAACAUUGUCAUCCAGACUGAACCACCAGUUCCUGUUUCAAUUAAUAGCAACAUAACCAGAGUAGUUCUUGAACCAGAUAGCCGGAAAAGAGCUAUGAGUGGUUUGGAAGGGUCUCUGGCAAAGAAACCUUGGCUGGGAAAGCAAGGGAAUAACAAUCAGAGUAAACCAGGAUUCUUGAGAAAGAAUCAGUAUACAAACACCAAAUUAGAAGUCAAGAAAAUCCCUCAGGAAUUGAACAACAUUACCAAGCUCAAUGAACACUUCAGCAAAUUUGGAACUAUUGUUAAUAUCCAGGUUGCUUUUAAGGGAGAUCCAGAAGCAGCCCUCAUCCAGUAUCUUACCAAUGAGGAGGCCAGAAAAGCCAUUUCCAGCACUGAAGCAGUUCUAAACAACCGGUUCAUCCGAGUCCUGUGGCACAGGGAAAAUAAUGAGCAGCCAGCACUACAGUCGCCAACACAGCUGCUCCUGCAACAGCAGCAAACACUUAGUCACCUGUCACAGCAGCACCAUCACCUGCCACAGCACCUUCAUCAGCAGCAAGUGCUGGUGGCCCAGGCUCCUCCCUCAACGGUACAUGGGGGUAUUCAGAAGAUGAUGAGCAAACCACAGACAUCGGGUGCCUAUGUUCUUAACAAAGUUCCUGUGAAACAUCGUCUUGGACAUGCAAGUGGUAACCAGGGUGAUGCAGCACACUUGUUGAAUCAGUCAGGUGGUGCUGGAGAUGAUUGCCAGAUAUUUUCAACUCCAGGCCAUCCAAAAAUGAUCUACAGCUCCUCAAACUUAAAGACACCUUCAAAACUUUGUUCAGGAUCAAAGUCUCACGAUGUCCAAGAAGUUCUUAAAAAGAAGCAGGAAGCAAUGAAGCUACAACAAGAUAUGAGGAAAAAGAGGCAAGAAAUGUUAGAAAAACAAAUAGAAUGCCAAAAGAUGUUAAUAUCCAAGCUAGAAAAAAACAAAAACAUGAAACCAGAAGAGAGAGCAAAUAUAAUGAAGACUUUAAAGGAGCUUGGAGAAAAGAUCUCACAAUUGAAAGAUGAGUUAAAAACAUCUUCUGCAGUCUGCACACCAUCUAAAGUAAAGACAAAAACAGAGGCCCAAAAAGAACUAUUAGAUACCGAACUGGACCUUCACAAGAGGCUAUCCUCAGGAGAAGACACAACAGAGUUACGGAAAAAACUCAGUCAGUUACAGGUUGAGGCUGCACGAUUAGGUAUUUUACCUGUGGGUCGAGGCAAGACCAUGUCCUCUCAAGGUCGAGGAAGAGGCCGAGGCCGUGGAGGAAGAGGAAGGGGUUCACUAAAUCACAUGGUGGUGGACCACCGCCCUAAAGCACUAACAGUUGGGGGAUUCAUUGAGGAGGAGAAAGAUGACUUACUUCAGCAUUUUUCACCUGCAAACCAAGGAUCAAAAUUCAAAGACCGUCGGCUACAAAUAUCAUGGCACAAGGCCAAGGUGCCUUCUGUAUCCACUGAGACUGAGGAAGAAGAAGUCAAGGAGGAGGAAACAGAAACAUCAGAUUUGUUUUUGCAUGAUGACGACGAUGAGGACGAAGAUGAAUAUGAGUCUCGUUCAUGGCGAAGAUGAAAUCUGAUCUUGUUGCUAUCCAUGAACAUAUGCAUCCUUCAGUAGACGGCUUCCUUCACUGUGUGCAUUUUUACUGUACACUGUAUAGAGUAUCUGUUAAGUAAAAUAUAUCUGUAAAUUUAUGUCCUUGUGUUCUGAAUGUUAGAUGGAAAAGCAGAGGAGCAACACUACACUGUACUGACCCCUGGGGAAAUAAAAUGAUUAAUGUACAUAGGACGUCACUUUUUCAAGGAUACGCACAGCUAUGUUUUUAUAGUACGUUUGGCGUGAACGUUUGAAACCUCCUGUUGGCUUCAGAAGGUUCUUGGUGAUCACUAUGUCAAGGAUUUUGUUUCCUGAGGUGAAGACUGUUUCUCAAAAUAGAAACUAUUCACUAAGAAACUUAAAACCAUCAGGACUCUAGAUUUACUUGGCUACAAGAAGUUAAAUCCCAUGUUCUGACGAUCUUUCCUCUUCUACAUGUUUUCCUGGAAUGAUGUGUCAAACCAGGAUCAUUUUUAAGUUUUCAUGUAAUUUUCCCUUCAUAAUAAUAAGGACUUCCUCUUUCUAGGUUAUUGUUAUAUUUCUGAUAACACAAAGCUAAAAUAAGCUUAUAAAGGAAGGAAAACAUUACAGUGGGGUAGGGGUACCUAGAAUAAGCAAUCUUGCUCCUUCCUCCCCCAUCAUCUCUAACAAAAUUUUCCUGAUGUCUGUGGCUCAGUCGGUAUAUAUUUUGAAAGAUUCAUUGUGGUGAAUAUUUUGAGUCCUGACAGUUUAAACGUGAUAGAGGGAACAAAGGAUUUAUAUAUUUUUUGUACAAAGUUUUUUCUUAAACUGUAUAAUUUUGUAAAUAAUUUGUUUGGUUUUUUUGUGUACUAAAACUACCAGCGUAUAGAUUUCAAUAAGAAUUGUUGUAUUUUUGUAUUUGGAAACUGAAAAUUACAGUAAAUUAAUGGAGCUGUAAGGAAAUUUUCAGUAGACUGACAAUUCAGCAGAAUGAGAUUCCUUUUCAUAUGAUUUUUUAACCUAAAAUUGACAUCUUAUUACACUCUCAGUACAGACAGAGUUGAGGAUUUGUUUGACCUUUUUAGUUUUUGGGGGAGAGGGGGGUGAAAGAGAAGGAUGUUAAAGUGAAGAAUAGCUAGACACUUUUUCGAGUAAGUUUUGAGGCCCUUUAUAUAAAACUUAGUUUUCGAUACACCUAAAAUACUUCAUAAACGUCUUUUCUAAGACUUCUAAAACAUGUUUGACUCUCAAAAAUGUAUUCAAAAUAUGCGUUAAAUAUAAUAUUAGAAAAUUUAAGUUAAGGUUAGCAUAAACUAGUUAAAUGUAUAUAUUUUUUCCUUUAGGACUGAGAUCCCCAAGCAUUAGAAUUUCUCUUAAAAGCGAGUAACUAUGACUUGUUUUCUUGGCAUCUUCACUUACAGAAAUAACAUAUACCAUCUGAGGCAAAUUCUGUUCUUUUUAAUGUGUAUGACAUCUUUCUAAGUAGCCGUUGAGCAGUAACAACCACCAGCCUGGCUCUGUCAUCUUGGUUUACUAGUGGAUUGCUGCCCAGGCUUAAGAGGUAACCCCGGGGAAUGCAGAAUUUCCCUCAAUUUCUUCAUGCUGUAACAUUGAGAAAACAUUGUCACUAGCUAAGGUGAUAAAUUGCAAAACGUCUUGUUAGGGUGAGAAAAAGAGGUCCAUGGUGAUGGAUCAUUAUUUCAAAAAAAAAAAAAAAAAUCAUGUGAAAAGGAAUAGCGGUUCCUCUUGAUGUAUAGUAUGCCUGUAUUAUAGUUUUUACAAAAUUGUGAACUUGUGUAAUAGUAUAAUAGGAGAUAUUGUUGAAUUUCUAACUGUUUAUACAUUUAAAUUCAUAUAUGUAAUGUUUGUUUUAUCAAUUACAAUCUGAAUUUCUAAGAAGCAUGUUGACUUUUGCAAUAAAGAUGCAAUAUGGAAUGGUUCACAAUUGGAAAAAAAAAAGAUAAAAGUGUUACAAAUUUAAAAGAAUUUGGAAAAUUUAUGAACCAUUCCAAAAAUUAUAACAAUCACCAAAAGAGCUGUAAUUCUGGCUUGUUCUGGAAAGAAAGAAAAUGUAUGUGUAUGCUUGCUUGAGUGUGAGAAUGAAUGAGUGAUGGAUAUGUAUGUGUGUUUUAUGCUGGGUUCAUGUACAUGAGAGAAUGCCACUCAAUAUGAAUUUGGGUACCAAAGUCACUGGCUAUUAAAUAUUCAGUAGAAUAACUCCUUUGACAGAGUGGUCUUGAAAAUGAAAGAGAAGGGCAUUAAAGUGUUAACUUAUAAGUAAGCUUUAAUAGCCAUAUUUCUUUGUUCAUGGAUGGAUCUUGGUAUCCCAGAUAAAAAGCACAAACAAUUUUAUAAAAGCAAUUAUUUUAAUAUUAUCUUGAGGAUAUUCAAGAUGCCUGCAAACAAUAGGAAGGACAUUUUCCUUAAGCACAAUUGAUGAAUUGAAGGAAGUGAUGAACACCUUGAAGAGAUGAUCUAAAGAUAUGACAGUUCUAAUUGUGAUGGAUAUUUGUGAGGAAUAAGAAGAGAAGGAAGUGAUCUUACCCAAAAGGACUAUGUGGUGAUGGGAAAAGGAAGUAUAUAUCACUUGGGCUCCUCUUUUCUUGUUUUAAAAACUGCUUUUCUUAUAAAAUCCCCCUCCGAAUAUUUAUGCGUUGUCCAAGAAGAGUCGUUCUUUAAAUCUCAGCUUAUACAGGAAAAUAAUAAA